AUGCACCGCCCCCAGCCCGGCUCCGGCCUUCUCCGGUACCGGGGGGGAGCUGGGCCCGCCCGUCCCGGGGCCCGAUUCCGCUGCCACGUGCUGCCAGCGCCCUCCCCCUUCCCGGGCACAGCCCGCCCCGGACGGGAGCCGGAAGCCGCAGCCCCCGGGGGCGGGGAGAGCGGAGUCCCUCCCGGCGGCGCGGGGAUGGCGGGGCCCGGCCGGGGAUGUGGCCCCUCGGCCACCCUCUGCGUGGCGAUGACCGCCCUGAGCGCCGCGCUGCUGGCGCCCGGCCUCACCCAGCCACACGAUUUAUCCAGAAGGAGACCCUCAGGGCUGAAAAUUGAUCAGGCUUUACUGCUGGUGCACAAUGAGUUGAUCCAUGAGAACUUGACAGUCUCCUGGCUUUCUGAUUAUUGUUACCAGUGCUUGUAUCAAGAUCUGGUAUCCAUCCCAAUGAGCAACACAGCGGGAAAGGCCAGCAUUGUAGCAGUUGCAGUUGAUUCUCAGCAUCCAGUCACCCUACAUCUCAAUGGCACUGGGGCAGGCAGAGAGUUUCCCAGGAUCCAUUAUCAUUUUGGAGAAUUUGGAAACUAUUCGCUUGUGGUAAAGAGCUUUGAUAGCAGCACCAAGAUGAUUUCCUGUGACAUAAUCAUCAACGAAAGUCCUGUCAACAGCCAUCUCCCUAUCCUGUAUGCAUUCCUCAUUUAUAUGGGGGUCCUCAGUAUCCUGACAGUGGGACAUGUCUUCGUGAUCAUCGAUCCAAUCAGGAAUUGGUUUUACAAGAAACUGCACCCUGGAGACACUGAUCGUCUCAUUAAUUCUGAGCUCGGAUCCCCAACCAGAACAGAUUCCACAAGCAGUAAUGUCCCAGCUACCACGUGGACCGUCUCCCAGCAGCGACUGCGCUCCCUUGACACAUUCCGAGGGCUCUCUCUCAUAAUUAUGGUAUUUGUUAAUUACGGAGGAGGAAAAUACUGGUUCUUCAAACAUCAGAGUUGGAAUGGCUUAACGCUGGCAGAUCUUGUGUUUCCAUGGUUUGUGUUUAUCAUGGGCACCUCAAUUUCGCUGUCACUGAACUCCAUGCUGAGGCGGGGAUGUUCGAAGUGGAAAGUGCUGGGGAAAGCUCUCUGGAGGAGUUUCUUGCUGUUUCUAAUAGGCAUUGUAAUCGUCAAUCCCAAUUAUUGCCUUGGACCUUUGUCCUGGGAUAAUCUGCGGAUUCCAGGUGUACUCCAGAGACUGGGAUUUACCUACCUUGUGGUUGCCAUUUUAGAACUCCUGUUUGCUAAAGCUGUGGCUGAGAACGAUACCUUGCUAGAGACCCCGUAUUUUGCCCUGCGGGAUAUCCUGCUCUACUGGCCACAGUGGGUUUUCAUUCUGACGCUGGAAGCGACUUGGCUGGGUUUGACCUUCCUGUUAACUGUACCUGGCUGCCCAAAGGGUUACCUUGGCCCCGGUGGCAUUGGGGAUUUUGGAAAAUAUCCCAAUUGCACCGGAGGAGCAGCCGGUUACAUUGAUCACUUGCUCUUGGGAGAAAAGCAUAUUUACCAACACCCAUCAUCCAAUGUGCUCUACCAAACAACAGUGGCCUAUGAUCCCGAAGGCAUCUUGGGAACAAUAAAUUCAAUCUGCAUGGCGUUUUUUGGACUUCAGGCAGGAAAAAUAUUCUUGUUUUACAAAGACCAGCACAAGCAGAUAAUGAGUAGGUUUUUUAUAUGGAGUGUAGUCAUGGGGAUUAUUUCUGCUAUCUUGACAAAAUGCUCUAAAGAUGAAGGGUAUAUUCCUGCAAAUAAGAAUCUGUGGUCAAUCUCUUAUGUGACAACCUUGAGCUGCUUUGCCUUCCUGCUUUUAUUGCUGAUAUACUACCUUGUGGAUGUCAAGAGAUGGUGGUCAGGUGCUCCAUUUUUCUACCCAGGAAUGAACUCGAUCCUGGUCUAUGUUGGGCAUGAAGUAUUUGAGAACUAUUUCCCUUUUAAGUGGAAGGUGAAGGACAGUCAGUCCCAUGGGGAGCACUUGGCUCAGAACCUGGUUGCAACAUCAAUCUGGGUCAUCAUAUCGUAUUUACUGUACCGGAAAAGGAUAUUCUGGAAAAUCUGAUUGGGUUCGUGACGGUCUCUUCUGGGGCAUAAGAAACUGAAGCUGGACUCCCCAGAGAUGAUGCCAUUUCUGGUGGGAUUCAUUAUUAAAAAGGGCUCAUGUGUUCAGUUUACAUUUCCAGGGAAACUGGAAUGAAGACAUUCUGGUGACUAAGGGACAGUAUCUUACUGUUUAGCCAAAACACAGUAACCUGCCUGAGCUGUGUUGUCUGCCUGUCUCUGUAUACAGUAUUCUGUUUCAGUGCGCAGAGUGCUGCUGAUCUACCCUCAAUAAACAGACCAACAUACCGGAUAGCCCUUAACACCUGGACAGUUUUAAGACAGUUCUGAUAAUUUGGAGCAUCUUUCAUAAAGGGAACUGAUAUAGAUACUCUGGGUUAUGGUUGUGUGUCUGACACAUUUCAAGCCAUUACAAACUGACUUUAUAUGGACCAUGUAGAUGACACUAGAGCAAUGGCAUCGUUUUAUCCACAGUAAUUUAGAUUUACUUCAAGGCCUUUAACCUUCUUUCAAAGCAACACUGCAUUGUAGUCAAUGGGAACCGGAUUCAGCCCCAGCAGGAAGAUGGACAGACUAAAUAAUUUAGAUUGAACAUCAAUGGCAUAAACAAAAUGUGAUGGGGUGACCGUCACUUCCAGCCCUGCCCAUCCUACUUCCCUUUAAAAAAAAAAAAGUGCUUCUUUCCAAAUGAACUUAGCUGCAAUUAUCGCACCAUGACUCUAGAAUAGCUAUGGAAGCUACACAAACAUUACUUCACAAAAGAAGAAUUUUCAAAUUUAUUUAUUUAUUAAAAUCUUUGUUUGAUCUAACAAACAGAAAAUGAGUUUAAGUAUGAACUUUAGUUUACAUGUACUCUAGGACACGCAACUAGGACUGAGUCCCAUAACAUCAUGAAUGUGAUUAGCUUAGAACAGUCCCAUUGCAACAGCAAUGUUGUGUUUGGAGUAUAUAAUACAGCCCUCUUCGCUUUCUCAGCAAGACACCCUGCUGCACUGUCCACUCCACUCAAGUCAGUGUCUGAAGUAACAGUAUCUUCUCAUUAAUGCAGAAUCUGUGUAACACCACCAUCAGAUUCUCCCCGCAGCGUGAGACUUGGCGCUCCAUAGCCAAGCGGAAAUCCUCUUUCACCCCUUUAGUUAUUCCCCGGGUUACUGUGUGAUGCCUGAAGUCAUCAAGGAAACAAAAGAUGACAGAGGAGAAUUACUCUGAGCAGUAGAUGAGGCCUUUGUACACAGAGCACUUCUUGAAAUAAAGUGCAACAUCUACCUUCCAGAUCUGAAUUAAUCUGGGAAGAAUUAA